AUGUCGUGGCAAACAUACGUAGAUGAGCAUCUUAUGUGCGAAAUCGAAGGCAAUCAUCUUUCUGCUGCUGCCAUCAUCGGCCAAGACGGCAGCGUUUGGGCCCAGAGUUCUACUUUCCCUCAGUUCAAGCCUGAAGAAAUCACUGCCAUUAUGAAUGACUUUAAUGAACCUGGAUCACUUGCUCCGACUGGGUUGUACCUUGGUGGCACAAAAUACAUGGUGAUCCAAGGGGAGCCAGGAGCUGUCAUUCGGGGGAAGAAGGGACCUGGUGGUGUUACUGUUAAGAAGACCAAUCAAGCUUUAAUCAUUGGCAUCUAUGACGAGCCAAUGACUCCAGGGCAGUGCAACAUGAUUGUCGAAAGGCUUGGCGAUUAUCUCAUUGAUCAGGGCCUUUAA